CUCCACACAAAAAUCAUAAUCUGAUCGAUAUAACAUUUCUCUCCCGCUGCUUCUAUUCUCUUUCCCUCUCUCUCUUUCCCUUUCACUCCUCCACGCUCUCACUCACUCUUUCACUACCAGCACCGCACUCACUCACCAAUGACGAUCAACACCCCUGAUCCUUCCACCGCCAUCGACUGGGACAACCUCGGGUUCAAAUGGCUCGAUACCAACGGCUAUGUCAAGUACAUCCACAAGGACGGCAAGUGGGACAACGGCGAGUUCGUCCGCGAUGCCUACAUCAAGAUGCACGUCUGCGCCCCUGCUCUCAACUACGGCCAGGAGUGCUUCGAGGGAAUCAAGGCAUUCAGGUGCAAGGAUGGUAACGUCCGCAUCUUCCGUCCGGACGCCAAUGCCAAGCGUAUGCAAUACUCCGCCGACCUCGCCUGCAUGGCCCCCGUACCCGAGGAUCUCUUUGUUGAGGCCUGCGAAAGAGCCGUUGCUAACAAUCUCGAGUUCGUGCCUCCAUAUGGAUCGGGCGGAGCCCUGUACUUGCGCCCUCUCUUGCUGGGAACUGGCGCCGAAAUUGGACUCUAUCCCGCUCCAGAGUUCACCUUCAUCGUUAUGGUCAUCCCCGUCGGUAACUUUUACAAGUCAGGAGUUAAGCCCGUCGACUGCCUUGUUGUCGACAGCUUUGAUCGAGCGGCCCCAUUGGGAACAGGUGCUGCCAAGUUGGGAGGCAAUUAUGCUCCAGUGUUGAAGCACAGCAGUGCUGCGAAGGAACAAGGGUUCGCCAUCACUCUCCAUCUCGACUCCAAGACUCACUCUAACAUCGACGAGUUCAGCACAUCCAACUUUGUCGCAUUGACCUAUCCUUCGCCCGAACACGGCAACAAGCCUGUCUUCUGCGCACCAGAAAGUCCCUCUAUCCUUAAUUCAGUAACAAAGCAGUCGCUGGUACAGCUCGCCAAGAGCUUCGGAUGGUACGUCGAGAACAAGAUUGUGCCCUUCUCAGACGUUGAGAACAAUCGAUUCGAGGAGAUCGCCGCCUGCGGUACUGCCGCUGUUAUCACCCCUGUCAAAUCCAUCCAGCGUCAGGGCGUCACCACCCCCAUUGGUACUCCCGAGACACGCGAUGCCAUCGGUGCCGGCUUCCUUCGUCUUUUCACUGCCAUGCGUGGCAUCCAAAACGGCGACCUUGAGGAUCCCUAUGGAUGGAUGCAGCCUGCCCAGGGUAUCGCCCCUCGUCAUGAGGCAUGAACGUAGACAUGCAUGUAUACAAAAGAAAGAAAUAAAGAAACCAUAACAUUGCGAU